GACAACAGCUGGCUGUCAGCAGCGGAGCAGAGAGGAGCCGAGCGAGCAGCGAGCCGCAAGCCAGGAUGAAGGGAGAGAUGACGUGAAAGUUUCAGAAGACGGAAAGAAAAACAAGAGGAGAAGAGCUCGCGGUCGGGAAACAGAAAUCCCAAAGCAGAGAGCAGAAAAGUGCAGUCAAGCAGAAAAACAUUUGCUUCCUCACGGGUAGGCUGGAGACUGCACCACCACCAGCAUCAAACUUUGUCCCUGAUGUAAUUCCAAGAGCCAAGAACAGAAAACACAAAUCACCUCUGCCUCCUCCACCAUCUCUUGGAAUGGAAACAAAAUUGAAAACCUGCUGACACAGAAUCCUGCAGCACUAAGGAUAAAGCAGCCAUUUCUGGACCACCUCACUUGGGCAUAAAGCCUGGAGAGGUUGUGACAGAAUGUCUUCUGAAGGCUUUCUGAAGGAAGUUCAAGACAUUGGUGAGAAGUUUCUCCUUAAGCUCCAGAAACUGCCCAAGGCUGAGCCAGUGGAGAUUGUCAGCUUUUCUGUGGUUCUUCUGUUUAUUGUUACUGUGCUGGUGCUCACGAUCAUUGCCUGCAGUUGCUGCUGCUACAGCUGCUGUAGCUGUGAUGGACGCCCUGACCCCAGACACAGGAAGAGCCAAGUCGGCCCAGCUGCCCAUUCAUGAGGUGACACAACCUGCUAUCGAGGACAUGCAUGGACAUCAUGAUUCAGUGCUAUGGGAAUGACUUUCCACACUAGCCCACUGAAAAUGGCAAUAACAAUAUUAAUUAACAUGACUCAAAGGACCAGAAAUCACAGCGUGGAAUUCCUUCUCUCUGUGACUGCCACUGCUGUGACCAGAAGGGUAAAGCUCCUUUACCAUCACUGUCUCCCUCUUCUGGGCUGGGAUGGGGUGGGAGGGCAUGGACACACAUGGCUGAGAAAAGAGACAGCUUUCCUAAAGACAGCCCUGCAGCUGGGCCAGCUGAGGAUCCCCUGUGGGACAUGGAGCCACAGGGCAAAGCAGAGGCCACGCACACAGCCACACGUGAAGCACUGCCUGUUCUCCUCACCAGAAGGAACCUGGUACUGGGCAUUAGCAAAACACACCGACACCACUGGGACGUACAAUUGCUCAGGUCAUCGUGGAUCACGGCCAAACCUGCUGCAGGAGACGUGUUUAGCUGAGAUAUCUGCUGAAAACAACAAAUGGUGGACCUUCUGAUCCAGAUGUGCCAGCUGAGGCUCUGGGUACAGCUGGUAACAAGUGCCCUCAGUGUCAUUUCAUUGGUGAUACAAUGAUGGGAAAUUGCCAAAGAAAAAAACAGAUCAUGUGGAAACAGAAUCUUUGUAAACAGAAAGAUGAAGGCAAAAAGGAAAACCUCACCAAUCCUAAGGCUUAUUUUAAUCAUUCUCUGCUCAACCUGCUCCCUCUCCAUCCCCUGUGGUUCUACUCUUCUGCAUAUUGCAGAUGAAUGGUUCUUGCAGAGCAUGGGAGCUCCAAGAGAUGAACAAAGCCCAUUCCUUACUUGAGGGAUCUGUGUGCCUGACUCCCUGCACUGUGUGCAGUUUAUUUCAGUAGACAUGAACAUGAUGCCAGGGUUGUGUUUAUGAGCAUGCACAGAGGCAUUUCAGAGGACUGACACGUGAUGGGAGCCACCACUUCAGGGUAUGCGUGCAGCAGCGGGCACAGUGACAGAGCAGAGCCAAGAACGGGCUGCUGGGCUGGAGUUAACAAGUGCAAAUAAAUCCCUUUUCCAUGCUGCAGCCACUGUGUAUGUUUGGUUUACACUCCAGUGAACUUCCGAAAGGGAUUUAUGGACGUACAAGGCUGCGGCACAGGCCACGACUUCCACAACUGGCACAGCACAAGGAGGCCACAAUUGUGCACUAAACUCUGAACCAGUGGCGUUUCCCAGAUGGGAGAGCAACCACCUUUGUGAGAAGGUAUAAAAAAUUACAUGCAUAUAGAGAAGUCAUCUUCUGUCUGUGUCCCAACUAAGUGUAUGUACCAAAGUCAGCAUCUAGCUAGGGACAACAGAAUCAUCAAGUUUUUAACAGUGGGCUUUAAAAUACUCUUUACACUUCAGAAGGUACAGAAAAUAAAGAAAACUCUGUAAAGAAAUGUAUUUUCUCUGUUGCCUGCACCCAUAUUAGUAAAAGGCUUCUUAUGUAUUUAAUGCACUUUAUUUUUUGCCAACAAACCAGAUCUAGGUAUUUGGUAUUUUUGUACUGCUGCACAUUGGAAUAUAUCUGCAGCCAGAGACAUAGUGAAUAGUCUACGAAUGAUAAGAAAAAUAAAAUUCCUGAAACUACCAGUGUUACUUUUAAAUUAAUAAAAAGAAAAACUUUCCAGUA